AUGGAGGUACCCCGCACUAGUCCGGAACUAGAAAUUCUGCCCGAACAGACCGCUUCCCUCGUCCUGUACGUGGCAAUGCUAAUCCCAAAACCGCUAAUCCUCUUCAUCGACGCCUACGACAGCUUCUCCAAUAACAUCAUCUCGCUCCUCGAAACAAGCCUCAGUGCCUCCGUCCGCACCGUUAAAAUCGACAACCCCGCCCUCGCUACAGACGAAGCGUUAUAUGAAGAGUUGAGUCAUUAUGCUGCAGUGGUAUGUGGACCGGGUCCGGGGCAUCCUGGGAGGGAGGCAGAUGUGGGGGUCAUGAAAAGGAUUUGGAAAACCGGGGUGCCGGUUCUGGGGAUAUGUCUGGGGUUCCAGAGUUUGUGUCUGCAGUUUGGUGGGGUGGUUAGGAGGUUGAAGGGUCCGCAGCAUGGGAUGAUUAGGAGGGUUAAUCAUGCUGGGGAAGACGAGAAGAGGAAUAUAGGUUCGAUAUUUGAAGGUGUUGGAGACAUCUACGCUACGCUGUACCAGAGCCUUUGCGCAGACAUUGGGCAGGACUUGAUACCGGAAAGUUCGUGGGGUGCUGAGAAGUGGAAGUCUACGAAACAGUGCCCGGAUCUUCUUCCGCUGGCCUGGGUUGAGAGCGAUCUUUCCGAAGAGAGCGAUUCUGGAGUCAGAGAUGCCAGAGUCCUGGUUGCUGUACAGCAUAGGACAAGGCCAUUUUGGGCGCUGCAAUAUCAUCCGGAGUCGAUAUGCACCAAUGAGGAGAGUAGGAAGGUAAUCAUCAAUUGGUUCAAGGUCGCGCUGCAUUACAAUCGCACACUGCGUCAACCACGUAUCCAAACUGGAGGGCCCCUUCAAGGGAACUUUGCCACUCGGGAUAGCUUGCUGAGUCGGUUCGAAAGUUUUCGCCCGAUGCUCAAUGGCUCUGCGGGCUUCCCAGUCGGAGAAGACUUCCACACGGCCCCGUAUGAACAUAGUAGUGGCGUGGGUAACAUAUAUUCCUCGCGAACUGUGGAUUUACCAGAGAAUACACCCGUUGCUGAGAUAGUCGAAUCCCUUGGCUAUGAAGUGGAACAAAUCAUUCUCCUAGAAUCUUCCAACGCAUAUGAAAAAGCAGUUGGAACAGCAGAUGUCCGUGGAAGAUAUAGUAUCAUUGCUCUUGAUAUUAAGGACAGUCUGAGAUUCGAAUAUACUACUGGAAGCAACCAAAUAUCUGCCAUUUAUCCUGCUGAUGCCGCGGCUGACAAAUAUAUCACUGAUUUGAGACAAUUUGGCGGGGUCUGGUCGUUCCUGGCCCAAUACUUGGAUAAGCGCAAGAUACAAGAUGGGAACAAAGACUCUCCGUUUUGGGGCGGCUUCAUGGGAUACACGACAUACGAGCUUGGCUUGGAGCGUAUCGAUGUACAAGCUCAAGGACGAAAGAACCACCCCACUUCUCGCCCAGAUCUGUGCUUUGCUUGGGUUACCCGCAGCGUGGUUAUUGACCAUGUUAAAAACUGCAUCUAUAUCCAACAGCUAGCCCCAACAGCUGCCCAAGCUCAGGUGGAACAAUGGAUGUACGACAUGGCCAUGCGAAUAGCGAACACUUCUUAUCGCCAUCCCUUAAAACCACCGAGCACAACAAACACAUCAAAAUCAGGCCCAUACAUCAUCACACCUCUAGAUUCCGAGUAUGAAUCCAAAGUCCGCGACUGCCAAGAAUCAAUCCGAAGCGGCGAUUCCUACGAGCUCUGCCUCACAGACCAAACAACAAUUACCAGACCCUACGGUGCUUCCUGGGAUCUUUAUACCUCUCUGCGCACCCGCCAACCUGCCCCCUUCGCAUCCUACAUUCGCCUUGGUCCCCUUACCCUCGUGUCUUCGUCCCCCGAACGCUUCCUCUCCUGGACUGAGGCAGGCAAAUGCGAACUCCGACCCAUGAAAGGCACCGUACGCAAAAGCCCCAGCGUCACCACCCUCUCCCACGCGCGCGCCCUCCUCGACGUCCCCAAGGAAAAGGCAGAGAACCUCAUGAUCGUCGACCUCGUACGACACGACUUGCACGGCGUGUGCGGGAGUGGGAACGUAACCGUGCCGCGCUUGAUGGUGGUGGAGGAGUACGCGAGUGUGUUCCAAAUGAUCACCGUCGUGCAAGGACAAAUCCCCUCUCCGCUUUCCAGACACAUGAAUGUCGCAGAAGCAGACCAGGCGAAACGCACACGGUAUACGGGACUUGAUGUCCUCGCUGCUUCUCUACCCCCUGGCAGCAUGACCGGUGCGCCGAAGAAGCGGAGCUGUGAGAUCUUGCAGGCGGUUGAGGGGGGCAGGGAGAGGAGUCUGUACUCGGGUGUCGUGGGGUAUAUGGAUGUAGGCGGGAGGGGGGAUUUCAGCGUUACGAUUCGGAGUAUGUAUCGCUGGGACGAUGACGAUUUCACUUCUCCUUCUGCGGAAGGGGAGGAAGAGCAAAUUAUGGAGAAAUGGCAUAUUGGUGCUGGGGGCGCGGUUACGGCGUUGAGUACACCGUUGGGGGAGAGGGAGGAGAUGCAGACGAAGUUGAAUGGGACCUUGGGAGUUUUUGGUUUGGGAAUAUAA